GGUGCUACCGUACAAGGACGUCCCAGCGAACGGAAGGCCCAUUACGACUUCAAAUGACGACGAAGAGAACGUCGCAGUGUACGUCGUACGUUCAUCCCCACCAGAUCAGGAGGGACGGAGAUUUGACGUCGACCGUUCGAGAAACGUACGAGUUUGGCACGAAAACAACGGGGCCACGGGCCAUACCAACGUACAUGCAAUGCGUCAGGAUCCUAUCAGCUACGCACGUAACUUGGACGGUAGGAUACAACAGAAUAUUCAAGGGGACAAUUUCGUAGGAUGGCGAGAUGGCACGCGCAUGCGCAGAAGUAGAAAUUCUUCCAGUAAAGAUACCAUGAAAUCUAAAGAAGAUAAUACUUCACUGGAAGAAGGUAAUGGAGGGUGGCGCGGUAUAACUGGAGCUUCGUUAGCGCAAAGAAGAAUGAGAAGCAAUGAAAAUAAAACAGGUAAUAGAAGUCAGUUCAGUGAGUUAACGAAUGAUUCGGAUGAAAAAAGUGACAUGAACAUAAAAAAUAAAGAAAUGGCAGUUAGUGACAAAAGUGGCACGAAAAACUUAAGCCAAGAAAUCUUUGGAAGUGAAGACAAAAUCGGGAUUAAACUCCCAACCGGGAAAAAGGAAGAGAGUAGGAUAGAAGAUAUCAGCGGAAGCGACGGCGAACGUAAGGAUAAAAGCAAAAGUAAACUGCCAACUGAAAGACGAGAAGAGAAUAAGAUCAAAAAAAUAACCGGAAGCAGCGACUGGAGGGGCAUAAUCCUUCCUCUCAACCAGAGUGCAAUGCAGCGCGCGAAGCUUGACUCAACCCUCGAUAAAUUCCAACCGAAGGCAGGGGACCGGAGCACUGGUCGAGCCGAUGGAGCGUCAUUGGAUGGUCAGAGUUCUACAGUAGAUGCCAACAGGAAUGCUGAGAAAUCUACACUGAAAUUCAUCGGGAAUGAAUCGCACAAGAGGACGAGAAGGUCAGCUCAACGAAUAAGCGUCGUGAACAGACGCAGCGCAGACGCGCCCGCCCGGAUGCAUUACUCAGAAAUUUACUCGCCCGCGAACGACUCUUAUUUUUACGACAUGUCCAGGGACGGAGAAUCAGCAGGAUACGUGUGUGAGAGCCGUGUACGUCACCUAGAGCCGGCGUGGGGGGAGACCGUGCAGGGCGAGGUGCUGGAGAUAGUCCACUCGGGGGACCUGCCUCAGCAUCUCGCCGUCGAAGUCUGCAAGUACAAGUCUGGAGGAUGUGGAUUCUUGGCAGCUGGGGUGCAAUCCAUUUGUCGACAACGCUACAGCAUCCACCGACUUGCUUCGAAGGAUCCAUCCUCUCCUGGUGGAGGCAUCAUUCAAGCUGCCUUCAAACUUCCUUCUGGCUGCUUUUGCUACGUCAAAGAUGACCUUCGACCAAAGAACCAGCGAAAAAACAACCACAGAAACCCAUUUGACGAUCCUGAAUUUAGGGGCAGUGGUAGCUUCUCGCGACAUCUUCGAAUUGAAGGAGAAGGGAAACGUGACGAGUUUGAUCAACAUUACAGCGGAACUUCCGAAGAGAAGACAAUCGUUGAUCCAGGGUUAAACCCAGGAUUUAAGCUUGACAACGAGUUUAUGGCUCGACAUUUUCCGUAUAUUAGACUUGCUGAGCAGGAUGGACCACAGAAAUUUCUGAACAGAUUCGCAGAGUCUCGGAGUGACGACAGCGAUUACAUUCUGACUUUGAAAAAGGUUUUGCCGGAUGGCAAUGAAGUUCCCGUCGAAGUCCUAAUCAAUGUUGACGAUAAAGGAAGACCAAGCACCUCAACUUUUGAGCUACUGAAAAAACUGAACAAGGCAUUUGAGCUCAACUACAGAACAUCUAAAACGAUGAAAUCAAGAAUAUUGAAUGAUGAUUUACUGCCCUUGCCAGGCAACAACCAUGAUCGCAGUCCUCUACUUUCUAGAGAUCAAAUCUCAACUUCCUCAAACUCGGGACCAGGAGCUGUUAAAGGCGUCAUUCACAAAGACCUGGGAUCAUCUGGCCGGCAAAUCCAUUAUUUAGACUCAAAUGAAAAUGCUUCUAUGGUGAUUUUAGCAGACAUUCUGACUCAUUUACAGCAGUCAAAAAGUGGGCAUGGCUUUACCGAACAUUUAUUGCCUCAACCUCAAGCCCUAAUAAAUAUUCAAAACCACGAACCUUCACAGUUGACAUUCAAUGAUGAUUCGCUAUUACCUUCUCCUCGUCAUGCUUUGAAUGACCCGUUGAGUGACAGUACCUUGAAGCCGAAAAUUCCGUUUUAUCUCAACCAUAAAGCUAAUCCGACCAAAUUUGUAACAACGUUUGCUCCCAAGAAUAAAGCUUUUGGAAGUUUUAAUCAACAACAAAAUGGCUUUGAUCCUUUCAUUGGCGAGGUAAAAAUGCCAACAGUAAUAAAAAGUGUGGAUUUUUCAAGAAAUGACCAAGGAUCUACGGUCGAUGAGGAUUUAGGGGGCAUAUUAAUUACGAAAAAAGAAGGUGAUAACCUCAAGGCAAGUCAGUUCUUACCCUUCAGAAAUGGCCGUCAACGUCAACCUGCAACCUUCGAAACUUUCCCGAAGAACAUCAUCAACCUGGCGGACAACAGUUCAGAUCCUUUGGGGGACCGACGGAGCAAGUCUAUUGACGCGCGACAAUUUUCGAGUGACGUCAAAAACGACAAAGGGGAAAUAAUCCGGUAUAUUCAUCCAAGGGAAGUAUUCGAGCUGCUCUCCGAUCAUUCAAAGCAAACUUUAAUGAGGGCUCGGCAAGUUAUUCCUCUGGACGAGUUCGUUAACGUUGCGGCGUCAUCUAGCUUCCGGGGAGAACAUGACAACGCCAAUAUAUGGCCUUCAACCGAUGCAGAAUUCAGAGACAGUUAUACAUCCGGGAAGUCAAAGAAUGGAGCUGAAAAUGAAUCAUAUUUAGACAAUCUUGGGAAAUCAAGUAGACAGACAAAAGACGCACAAAUUUUACGACAGCAUUCCAAUAAAUCAAAAAUACAUGCAAAUGAAAAUUUGUUCGGAAAAGUGACAGAAGCUUUCGUCGCCCCGUCUGAAAAUGAUUGGGUUCCGAUUACACGGAAAAGUUCUCGUAAACCCGCACACGCUUCAGAAGUGCACAAAACAAACAUGAAUAUCCACGGGGCAGCGACGAAUAAUUUCGCAGAUUUGCACGACGGAGGGGGAUUCAACAAGGAUGAGUACGAACGAUUAAAGAAAAACCACAAAUUGUCCAUGGACGGAGAUAUUCCUAAAUUCUUCAAUGAGUAUUUCAUUAAUCAAAAAACCGAUUUUUGGUCAGCAUUUGCUGAGGAUGACCAGGCAAAAAUGCUACGCCACAUAAAAAAAGAAGCGCCCAGAAACCUGGGAACAAUUCCUCCAAUAGACCAAGAAGACGAGGACAAAAAAUCAAUAUUAAUGCAGCAAAUUCAUCACAAUCAGCAAGACAGCCAAGGAGGGAACAAAUUUCUUUCCAAUGCUGAGAAUAUUAAAGAAAUAAUUCAUCUAACCUCCGUUCCCUCAAGAGCUACACAAACCCCUUUGAAAACACAAAUAUUUAUCCUUCAACAGCCUGACGAUUCAAACGCAAAGGAAUCAACAAACAACAAGCUAACAAGCGUCCAUCAACUAAUCAAUCAAAAGGUCAACCCGCAGCAGCAAAUUACAUUCCAACAGACGAAUGUAAGACAAAUUCAAGCUCCAAUGCACCAAAAUCAGAAAAUUCAUAAUGAAAAAAUAAAGAGUAAUAAAUAUCAAGGAGUUCACCAUUUUGAUGAUCAGAGUUUCCAACAUUUUGCAAGCCCUCCUAGCAUACAAAAAUCUGAAUCCGGUCCGAACGAGCUAUCAACUAAUCCAUUCAAUAGAAUUAUUAUGAAUCCCAGGAACUUGACCCCGGCUGUUGGUGCAACAAAAACGCAAGAUUUUCAUUCAGUUUCUUCUUUCGGGUCUCACUUUGGCAUUAGCAAUAUGGAGGGAGAGAGGCCAGAAGAUGGAAUAGAAGGUAAUAAGUUCUUCGGCGCUAACACUGGGAAAGUUCAGGAUUUUAAUGUCGUAGCUGCCGCUGGAGAUGAACAACAUUCAACGAUUGAUAAUUCACAUCACCAUUUACUGAGUGAUUUCAAACAACAUUCACACAAUAACUCCUCGGAUAGUGUUUUAUUCGGAAAUUCACAGCAAAUUUCAGACUCCAAAGGCCAACACUCCGUCAUCCACCUGCUACCAAGUUCUAUUCAAACACAUGACUUAGAUCAUUACGUCUGGAAUGACCAAUAUAAUAAACCGAGGAAUGAAGAAAUCUUCACCCAAUCGAUGAAUGAAGUUACAGAUCAAUCGGAACUGUCUAAUUUCAAACUGUUUCAAGGCAGCAAUCUAAAUUUUCACUCCGUGCAUUCGCCUACGGAGACAACCUUAUUUCCUCUGGAACACCUCCAAAAUACCAACGGAAAUCCUGCCUUUAGUCAAAUCGGGCAAAUAUUCAAUUCUAAUAUCCAGCAACUGCAACCCGUAAAGUUUGAAAUACAAGGCGAUGUCGGUUCUGGUCCAACAUUUACGCAAGAUCAUUCUACUGAUUUAACGGGGUUUUCCGAGUUCCUCAGUGAAAGCGUGCAAGCUCCAUCUUUCUUUAUACACCAAAACGGAUCCCAUGCCACGGGCGCCGAAAACGUUCAACAAACAAACGUUCAAGAUUCAGUUCAUAGUGUCAAUCAGCAACAACAGCAAGCUUUAAAAACACAAAAUGCUAAGGAACUGGAUAAAUUAUUCAGAAUUGCUCAUUCUUCUCAUCAGCAACCCAUUGAAACACAAAUGAUUACGCGCCAACCUGAAUUGACCUCCAGCGCGACAGAAGAUCAGGUGCAGCGACCAAUUCUCUUCCACUACGAACUACCACCUCCUGCCCACGAGAACAACGUCGAAUACUCGGUACACAGAUUGAUCAAAGAGACGGCUCCUUAUCACUUCAAUAUGGCAAAUAUUGACAGGAUUUCACAGAAUAUUCAUCACAUUCCAUCCCAUACAAAGAGACCAGCGCGUUCGUGGAAUCCGUUUGGAAUACUUGGAUAACGGGAAAUACAUUAUAAGGGAUCGAAGACCGAGUAGAAACAGGGAGGAAGAGUGAUGAAGACAACCAAACUGUAUAUUAUAAAAUAGAAAAUUGGAAAACACUGUACAUUUUAUUUUACGUAUAAUUAAAUAUAAUAUUCACUAACCGUUGCAAUUUUGUUACGAUCAGAAGACCUGCACGUGAAGUCAUAGGACCGAUGACUGUUGAUUGGAAACGAAUCACGCGCUGUGCUGUGUGUUCACGAUUUUCAGUUAAAUGGGCCAAAAUGCCUUUCCAAACAGAAUUUCUUACGUUUGUUGAUCAUUCGUGUGGAAAAAUACAUAUGUGUUUAAGGGGAAAGAACGGAAAUUAUUCCAUUGUGGAGAUAUUCGUUUGUCAAUUGCAAAAAUACUACUACCAACUUUCAACGCUUGGGGCAGUUGACUUCAUGUAGGCUCCUCCCGGCACCGAGAUUAUCUAUAAACUGCUGACUUUCGUGUUUUGUUCUUGAAUGAAACCUUCGAAGAAGAACACAAAGCCACUUGUGCAAUGGUGAAGGUUACUACAUAUUCAAUAAAUUCCGUAUAAUUCGUUACGCAAUUGCCGUGUAUUUUCAGAAUCGUCUGAGAUAAGAAGUUGAGCUCGAACAUUUUUGGCGCAAUUAAUUUAGAUAAUUUUUUGCUAGUAUUGAGGUAAAUUUCACUCAAUAGCAAAUAUCAAUCCAUAAAUCAAAUUUACUAGCACAAUUUGAAAGUAAAUUAUAUCUAUUUAAAAUCCCCUUUUAAGCGUUCAAUUCGAAGCAGUACUUUUCUAGAACUAUAAUUUUUUUAAACUUGAUUAACAUGAAUAAUAACUUUAAUUCCCUACCGUCGUACCGAUACAUAAUAUCGGUGAUUCUAUCGAUGGUUUCUGUUUUGAAGAACAAGUUCUCCAUAUUUACUUUUCAAAUCUUCAAGUAACUUCACAGUCUGCACUCUUAAAACUAUUUUUAAAAAUUUUAAAUUAAAAUUUUUUAGUUU